AUGGCACCUCCGUCUAAACUCGCCAUAGCAACUGGCGUCGUAACCCGCCUAGUUAAGGAAGAAGCAAGCUAUCACAAGGAGAUCCAGCAGCAAGAGGCGCGCAUCAAGAAGGCCGAGACUAGCGAGGGCGAUGAAAACGCUGAGUAUACCUUGAGGCAAGAGCGUCAAGCCCUCCAAGAGACCAAGAACGUUCUACCUGGUAUGAAGAUCAAGAUCGAACAGGCAGUGGAGAGAUUGGAAGAGGAACUUGAGAGCAACAAGGAAGGCAGCAGUCAGGCAUCAACAGAGGAAGUCACCAAAGCAAAAGAGGCAGUUGAGAAGGGCAAGACGGCUAUGCGUGAGGCCGCUUAG